UAUUUGUUUAUUUACGUUCUUGUCGAUAGAAAUAUAUAUUUAAUGUGGGCGUGACUACUUCGUUUCUGACUAAAACGAAAUACUACAUAUUGGAUUGUGAAAUGAUUUAACCACUCGACAUUCCAUUGACAAGAUCAACCGCCAAACUCACAGAGUCCCUCUACAAUAGAGACUAUGGGCCGGCUGGAUGAUGCCGCCAAACUCAAAGUGGUGGAACUGCGGAGGACUGGUCUGAGUUUCCGUAAGAUCCAAGCUGUGCUGGAGCUGGAGAACAUCAAGGUGUCCGCCCAGGCCAUCUAUAUGUUCCUGAAGGACUUUCAAGGGCGGCCGCCUGGGAGGGUCAGACCCAUGGAUGCCGGAAACCGCACAUCUCCCGCACAAGUGCAGCCUCAAUCCGGGGCAAUGCAAGAGAGCUGGAAUAAUAUUCAAAUCCAAAAUUUUCUGCGAGAAGCAUCACACCAUUCUGGAUUUGGAGCAGCUGCCCAUUUUUCCAAACAUGCGUCCACAAAUCCAGAUACUGGAGUAAAGCCAUCUACGUCUGGCGAGACUUGUGGAGGCAGCCGGCCAGAACAGCACCAAACCGAAGAUAAGGAAGAAAAUGACAUCCAGAUUGUAAGUGUCACCUCCCUUGCACAGAGCAGCCAACCAAGAGUUGCCCCCACAUUAACGACAGCAGAGGCCAGUCCCUUGUCUACCACGCUUACAGUCUCUGGAGUCAUGAGGAGGAGAGCUACACCCUCUCCAGCCACCAAUUCCAUGCUGGCAGCCCGAAAGAGGCUUUUGGAUAAGGCUCUGUCACACAGGAUGAAGUCACUCCACCAGUUCGCGCCAAUGCUAAGAAGAGAUCACACUCGGGUCCAAGCUGCUAAUUUGAGAGGUGCAAUGCCCCAACCACCUGAAACUUACGAUCUGACCACUGAAAAGAAUGCUGUUGAAGGUCAAUCUGGUGGAGUCAACCCCCCCAGGCGUUUGCUUAAACGCAGACAAUGUCUGUCCGGCAGCUCUCUCCACUCAAUUCCUCAGGUUGGCGUUCGUCUUCCUAACCGGUCACCAGCAGCUUUACCAUUCUCGGCCCCUGGGGUUGCUGUUAUCCGCUUACAGACCCCUGGAGGCCAGGGCGCCACUCGUAGUGAUGGGAACCCGAGCCCCCAGCAGGCAGUCCAGGACUGUAGAGGUGGUCUACAGGAUCAAAUUCAGACCCUGGGAUCUGAGGUGCGGAGCUUGGGUCUGGCAGUGAGGAUGCUGGUGGAGCAGCAGGGCUGCCUGGAGAGGGAGCAGGCGCAGCAAACACACAUUCAGAAGCAGAUCCUCAGCACUCUACAGACCCUCGCCACCAAUUUAGGACGUUGUAGCGUUGUUCAACAGCAGCACAACAAAACUCCAUCGCCAUCUGGAUUGCCGACAGCUACAGCAUCUACCUCUUUCAACCAGGACACUUUCAACUUUAGUCAAGGCACAUACACCCAGUGCAGCCAAACUGAGCCAGGCUUCCGCUCCUUGGAGAGUUUAGAAAAUGUAGAGGCCUUUAAAGUGCCAGGACUCAGCCCUUCAAAUAUGAAUGGGUUUCCAACGGGUAGCAAUGCUGAGAACCUCCCACUUAUGCCGACUCCCCCCCGCACACAACCAUAUGCAGCUGCUUACCCACAGCAAAACAGCCAAACACUGAUGCAACCCUACACACAAUCCUAUGUUUCUGCAUACAGCCAGCCUCAUUGUCAGACUUUCAGGGGAUCAGAGAGUAAAACUACUAAUUUCCCAAGCAGCUGUUCUAGCACCCUCCAGGACUGUGUGUCUAUCCAGCCAGUGAUGGACUCUCACCACUCUCUGCGGAAUCAAGAGAUCAAUAUUGUCAAAGUGGAAGGAAAGUAGAGGCUGUCAGAUACCACGGAGUGUUCUGUGACCAUUAAGGCUCAGAUAUGAUUUUUUUAGAGCCACUUUGGAAUAUUACAUAUUGGGAUGUGAUAAUUAUUUAAUCAAUCGACACUCUUGACAAGGUGAGCUCUUCAAACCUUCAUGAAGCUGUGCUAGCUGUUAUCUAGCUCGGCUAACGUUAACAUCUGUUCGGUACAGAUUAAUUUACAAUACAGACUCUUAUAAUUUUAUCUAUCCACGAAGUAGAGCAAAUUGUUACAUGUAGGAAUUUAAACGUUUUUUCACAAUUAUUGUUUAUUUUUUAUCUAUUUUUUUAUCCCCAGGCAUUACAAAAUGUCACGUCUGACUUGUAUUCUUUUAUCUGAGACAUUUCCAUUAAAAUAUGUAAGUGUGUGACA